AUGGAACCACCUCUUAUGCUUAAGGUUUCUGUUCUGGCUUGGUUCCGGCGGCGAUACGUGAGAGUAGACACGAAACCUGCCGACGAUUUUUGGAAGGCCUAUGUUGGAUUUUCCUCUGCAAUGGUAUGGGCUGACAAUUGGAGGGUAUCUUCUAUCGGUUACAUUCAGUGUCCUGCCAACUUUUCACUUCGAAAGGCAGGUACCAAGAGCUCUCAACAAUUGAAUCCAUCUGAACUUCAUUACUUACAGCGUCGUCGUCAACAAAUAGCUGGUCCAGCAUAUGUGACUUUCCUGCGUAACGUCCAGCAAAGCUUGAAAGCUGCAGCGGCUGGAAAGAAGAAUCGCCCCGAAGCCAAUACCUCUACUCAGUCUCGACGCGAUUCUAACAGUACUACGUCUAGUAACAGUGUAUUACCUAAAUACCUCGAAACCAUCCUCGCCUCAAAAGAUCUCAACAUUCUACCUCGUACAGCUUUAGCCACCUCUGGCGGAGGAUUCCGUGCUUCAUUGUAUGCGAGUGGUGUUUUGAAUGCGUUUGAUGGAAGAAACAAAACCUCAGCUCAGGUUGGUACGGGUGGACUUUUACAAGCUAGUGAUUAUGUUGUUGGUCUUAGUGGAGGUGCUUGGGUGGUCACUGCUCUCGCUCAGGCGAAUUUCCCAACACUUUAUGAUUUAGCUCUUUCAGGACGUUCUCCCAAGGGCAAAAACACGGCUAGCCAGUUUGGAAGUCUUUUAUUACAAUAUGAUUUGUUCAGUCCUGCUGAUAAUCAAACAGUUCCUGAUGGUAAGGGAAUUGAAGAGAAGAAUGCAAAAUAUUUGGCCGACAUUGCGGCAAGAAUGGGUGAAAAGGUCAAGGCGGGAUUUCAUGUCACCAUAGUAGACUUUUGGUCUUUAAUGCUGCGUUAUCAUAUCAUCACUGGAACCACGGAAAGUAACUUCUUUGAUCAAUCUCUACCACACGGGAUAGAUGUCACUUUCUCGGGCAUUCGAAAUGCCCCUACGUUCCAGCGUUUUGAACAACCUUUUCCUAUCAUCACAGCUACCUCGCUCUCACCGCGUCAAGAUGAAACAAAGAAACAACCUUCAGCCUUUGUCCCAUUGACGAACACCGCUUACGAAUUCACACCAAUAGAGUCCGGAAGUUGGGACACCAACUUGGCUAGCUUUAUACCAACAGAAUAUUUAGGUACACGCUUGAAAGGUGGAAAAUCAGAAACUCAAAAAUGUGCUCAAGGUUUUGAUCAAGCUAGUUAUCUUGCUGCUGUCUCUAGUAAUAUCUUUCCAAAGGUUGUCACGAGCCCGGCUUACCUCUCUAAACAGAGUCCAGUUUUCAAGGUCAUGACUCUCAUCAACACUACUUUUGGAAGCUUCCAGCCCGGUAUUCCUCUCGAUACAGCCUCAGUCCCUAAUCCUUUUUUUCAGGAGGGGACUAACACUUAUUUGGAUAAGACAUCAGCUGAUCUUCGCCUCCUAGACGGAGGUUACGACGGCAGUAUGACGCCCUAUCUACCAAUGCUACAACCAGCCCGAAAGGUGGAUAUCAUCAUUGGUAUUGAUGCAGUGAGCUUAGCCAAGGAUGGAGCAGUGGGAAAUGAGUAUGCCACUGGAGAUUCUUUACGAGCUGCAUCUCAUAGAGCUCAGCUUUCAGAAGGCGCCUAUAGUUUUCCCCGAGUUCCAAGUUCGGAAGCCGAGUACGAGAAAAUAAGAUCACAUCCGAAUUUCUUCGGGUGCAACGAGCCUGAGGUUCCAUUGAUCGUAUGGCUACCUAAUUCAGCUCCUUUGGAUGGAUCAGCUGGUAUCACGAACACAUCAGUUGAUCAACUUCAGUAUCCACGUAAACAAGUCGAAUCUUUCCUUGGCGCAGCUUCCGAGAUUGGUUAUCGAGGAUUCCCUUCAGAAGAAAAUAUCAAAAACCGAGUGUUUCGUGAUCCACAUUGGUCUGCUUGUCUCGCCUGCGCUGUAGUUGAUAGGUCUCGAGAGCGACAAAAAAUUCCACGUGAAGGUCUCUGUAAUCAAUGCUUUCAAAGAUACUGCUGGAAUCCAUCAAAAUGA